AUGCGUGAUUGCAGUGAAUUCCCAGGUAAUGCACGUUCUUGCAAGGAAACAUUUCGCCUAUAUGCUGUUCAGGUAAUGAACAGUGAACAGUAUCAAAAUAUUUGGAAUUCCGAUUAUUGGGAUUUGAUAGAUCGAAUAACCGCUGAUACAGGACGACAUUCGAAACACGAUCCAACAACUGCUGCUGUAAAUCAAGAAGUUCGCAGCUAUACGGUUACUAAAGAUGCUGUAUAUUUUGCUUUUCGAGAUUCGGGUGCUUGUAUAUCAAUACUCAAUAUUAAG